AUGUCUGAUCAAGAACAACAACAACAACAAUCAACUCCAGUUGAACCAUCUCCAGUCUCUGACUCUGUUCCAGCUGUCGUUGAUCAAUCAGUCGUUAUCGAUGCUGAGCAACAACAACAACAACAACAACAAGCUCCACUUGAAGGUGGUGUUGAAGGUGACGAUCAACAACAACUUGAUCAACAACAACUUGAUCAACAACAACACGCUGCCAACCCAGCUUCUGCUAUCGAAGGUGGUCGUGAAGUAUCUAAUAAAAUCUUAUAUGUGGGUAAUUUACAUAGUGCAUUAACUGAAGAUAAUUUACGUGAAUUAUUCUUAGUGGCUGGUCCAAUUCAAACCAUUAAAAUUUUAAAUGAUAAAAAUAAACCCGGUUUUAAUUAUGCAUUUGUUGAAUUUGAAAAUACACAAAUUGCUGAUGUUGCUUUAAGAUCUUUCAAUGGUCAUAUUUUAAAUAAUGUUGAACUUAAGAUUAAUUGGGCUUAUCAAUCAUCAAAUGUGGUUAAUAAUAAUCUUUCUGAAAAUGAUGAACCUGUAUUUAAUAUUUUCGUGGGUGAUUUAUCUCCUGAAGUUGAUGAUGAAGCUUUAAAGAAUGCUUUUGUUAAAUUUAAUUCAUUAAAGCAAGCUCAUGUUAUGUGGGAUAUGCAAACUUCAAGAUCAAGAGGUUAUGGUUUUGUUACUUUUUCAAUUGAAUCAGAUGCUGAAUUAGCUUUACAAACUAUGAAUGGUGAAUGGUUAAAUGGUAGAGCUAUUAGAUGUAAUUGGGCUUCUCAUAAACAACUUCAUAAUAAUCAAAAUCAAUCUCAAAAUUUUAGACAUAAUAAUAAUCAUAAUAAUUUAAAUAAUCGUCAUAAUAAUAAUUUACAUCAACAUCAUAAUAAUCAUCAUAAUAAUAACAAUAACAAUAGAUUACCGAAUAAUCAACAAUUUAGACCCUUUAAUGGAAACGUUAAUAACAACAACAAUAAUAAUAAUGGUAUUUUACCUCCUCAACUUAUUGGUGGUAUUCCUCAACAACAACAGCAACAACAACAAUUGAAUAAUUCAUUAGCUCCAAAUGGGGGUAAUGCUGGUGGAAUCCCACCUCCUCCUCAAUUCCAACAAAAUAAUAAUGGUUUACCUCCUCCACCUCAACAACAACAGCAACAACAACAACAAGUUCAAGCUGGAAAUUUAAAUCCAAGUCUUUCCGCCAAUGGUGAACUUAACAAUGGUAAUGCUGGUAAUAAUAAUGGUAAUAAUAAUGUUCCAGUUAUGUCUCCUCAAUCUUAUGAUAUAGUUUUAAGACAAACUCCAUCAUGGCAAACCACUGUUUAUUUGGGAAAUAUUGCUCAUUUUACUCAACAAAAUGAUAUUAUUCCAUUAGUGCAAAAUUUCGGAUAUAUUGUUGAUUUCAAAUUCCAUCCUGAAAGAGGAUGUGCUUUUGUUAAAUAUGAUAGUCAUGAACGUGCUGCCUUAGCCAUUGUUCAAUUGGCUGGAUUCAACGUUAAUGGUCGUCCAUUGAAAUGUGGUUGGGGUAAAGAUAGACCUCCAAUGGGUCAUGGUCAAUUCCAAAACUUUGUUAGAGGUGUUCCACCACCAAAUAUGUAUGGUCAAGGUAGACCAUAA